AUGUCGGCAACCCUCAAUAAGGAGCUCACACCCUCCUCCUCAUCACAUCCAAUCGAGAACCUAGAUCAGCAUACACUACGGAAGACACUAUAUCGUCUCUACACAACGCCUUUCUCCGACAUCGUCAACCACAAGUACCAAGGUUCCGGUACAAAAGACGAUCCUUUCCUCGUCGAAUGGCUUCCUCAGGAUGCUGAGAACCCGCAGACCUGGGCGCCGGUAUACAAAUGGGCCCAGACUGUUCAGGUCGCCAUGGCUACUCUCUCCGUAGCGCUUGCCUCAUCUGCCUAUUCUGGAGCAGUCGCCUCAUUACAAGCUCAGUUCCACCCACCAAAGCAGAUCAUCAUUACUCUUGGCAUUUCGCUGUUUGUACUAGGCUUCGCCUUCGGCCCCUUGUUUUGGGCACCAUUCUCAGAAGUCAUUGGUCGUCGCAAGCUCUUCAUCUGCACCUACUUCAUCUUCACCCUCUGGCAAGCCGUCUCCAUUGCAUCACCCAACAUGGCUUCGCUCAUCGUCUUCAGAUUCCUCGCUGGCUUCUUCGGCUCGAGUCCACUCGUUAACACUGGCGGUACUCUCGCUGACAUGUUCGACGCAAAGCAGCGUGGUCUCGCCAUGGCCAUCUUUGCCAGUGCUCCUUUCCUCGGUCCUGCUCUUGGUCCCAUCACUGGUGGCUUCCUCGGCGAGAGCGCUGGAUGGAAGUGGCUCAUCGCUUUCCUUUCCAUCUUUGCCGCCAUCAUCACGGUUCUCGGUGCUGUCACCAUGCCUGAGACUUACGCUCCCGUUCUUCUGCGAUGGCGCGCUCAGAAGCUCGCAGAGGUCACUGGUCACCACUACAUCUGCAAGCUCGACAAGGGACGCGACACUCGACUCAAGACCCAGUUCAAGGUCGCUCUUAGCCGUCCUUGGCUGCUUCUCAUCUACGAGCCCAUCGUUACUCUCCUCUCCAUCUACAUUGCCAUCAUCUAUGGUGUGCUCUACUCGCUUUUCGGCGCUUUCCCCAUCGUCUUCCAAAAGGGUCGGGGAUGGAGCCCAGGAAUCGGUGGUCUUGCUUUCCUUGGUGUUUUGGUAGGCAUGAUCAUCGCACUCGCCUACAUCAUCUUCUACGAGAACGGCAGGUACGGUCGUAUUGCCGACAAGCACGGUGGUAUCGCUCCUCCCGAGACUCGAUUGCCUCCUGCUAUGAUUGGUGCCGUCUCUAUUGUCAUCGGUCUCGCCAUCUUUGCCGCUACCGACAACCCCAACAUUCACUGGAUCGUGCCUAUUAUCGGCGGUGGUCCUUUCGGCCUCGGAAUGGUUCUCAUCUUCCUCUCGACCAUGAGUUAUCUCACCGAUUCAUACCUCAUCUAUGCCGCUUCGGUUUUGGCCUCCAACAGUGUCAUUCGAUCCCUUUUCGGCUUUGCAUUCCCCCUAUUCACGCCAAAUAUGUAUCAGAUUGGAGGAAAGAACGGCAUCCACUGGGGUCCCGCGAUCGCUGGUCUGCUCGCAUUGAUCUGCAUGCCUUUCCCCUUCAUCUUCUACAAGUACGGAGCUGGGAUCCGUGAGAAGUGCAGGUACGCCUCGGAAGCCAAAGCCAUGCUCCAACAGAUGCAGGCUUCUUCCAAGGGCGAGGCUGUCAAAGCUCCUAGCGACGAUGAUGACCUCGAAAAGGGUCAAGCUACUCGCAUCAACAGCCAGAUCUCGGACCAAGCCAAGAGCAUCGAGCCUGCCGAAACCGCACGAAUCAGUUUCGACAUGGGAGGUUCCACGCAGGCACACACUCCCAAACACGAGUCGCUCUCUAGCACUUGUUCGGAAUCCUCCGAUCGUGCUGGUCGCUAG